AGGAGCAGCUUAAAUCCUCAGCUCCAAAAACAGCUCAGCCCCAGACUUAAAUCCAAGCUGAUGUUGUGAUGCCACAGAGCCACUUCUAAUCCUCCUAGGACCAGAAGAGACGCAGGGAGGGCAUCAGACAGCAGAGGAGGCAACAAGGAGGCACAGAACCAGCUGAGCAAACAGUGGAUGCUGGGGCCCCAGCUCUGCAUCCUGCUCAGUCACAGUAGGGCUGCGCUCCCGGCUGCCCACCAUGAGACUGCUGCUGCUUGUCCUGGUGCUGGCCCUGCUUGCCCCAACUCGUGCUGCUGAAGACUCCUGUGAAGGUCGCUGCGAUGAGGGUUUCAACGCCUUGAAGAAGUGCCAGUGUGACAACCUCUGCAACUACUACCAGAGCUGCUGCAGUGACUAUUCCACUGUCUGCAAAGCCAAAGUGACACGAGGAGAUGUCUUUGCCUUGCCGGAGGAUGAUUACCUCGACUACGACCUCCCCAUUGACACUGGCACAGAAGGGCCCACAGGGGCACCAGCACCCACAGAACACCCCACAGAACCGCACACGUUCCCGUUACCGACACGGGAGACCGACACGGCCACUGAGGAGACACCAGUAGAGACGGAGGUGCCCACGCUCCACCCCACCACCACCACCACCACCACUACGUCCGAGGGGACCAGGAACCCGAGCUUGGAGGAUGAGCCUGAGAAGCUGUGCAGCAGGAAACCUUUCAAUGCCUUCACCGACCUGAAGAAUGGCUCCCUUUAUGCUUUCCGAGGGAAAUACUUCUAUGAGUUGGAUGAGUCCAGUGUGCGUCCCGGCUACCCCAAGCUCAUCAGUGAUGUCUGGGGCAUUGAGGGCCCCAUUGACGCAGCCUUCACACGCAUCAACUGCCAGGGCAAGACGUAUCUCUUCAAGGGCAACAAGUACUGGCGCUUUGAUGAUGGAGCCCUGGAGCCCGGGUACCCACGCGACAUCUCCGAGGGCUUUGAGGGUAUCCCCAAUGACAUCGACGCUGCCUUUGCCCUCCCAGCGCACAGCUACCACGGCAAUGAGCGAGUCUACUUCUUCAAGGGCAAGUACUAUUGGUCCUACGACUUCGCCCAUCAGCCCACGCAGGCCGAGUGCGAUAAGUCCUCUCCCUCCACCGUGUUCAACCACUACGCCUUCAUGAAUCGUGACAGCUGGGAGGACAUUUUCUUUUCCCUCUUUGGUAGUAGGAUGGUUGGGGCGAGCAGCCCACGGCUCAUCAGCAGGGACUGGCGGGGGGUGCCCAACCAACUGGACGCUGCCAUGGCCGGCAGGAUCUACGUGUCAUCCCGGCAGCCCCGCCGGAGGAAUUCCCGUCGCCACCGCAAGAGGUACAGGAACCAUCGCACUCUGAAUUUGGGUUUCUGGGGCUGGCUGAACAACGACUCCGAAUCUACUGACACCGAAAGCGACUGGCUGUCAGGAUCGCAGUGUGAGACCCUACAGAGUGUCUACUUCUUUGUAGGCGACAAGUAUUACCGUGUCAACCUGCGCACCAAGCGCGUGGAUCUGGUGCAGCCCCGCUACCCGCGCUCCAUCGCGCAGUACUGGCUGGACUGCCCACAGCCCGAUGAGGAGAGCACCUGAACAGGGCCCACCACGGCCACCAGCAGCACGGCACCUAGCUAGACCCAAAUAAACCACCAGCGCCGUGUCCGUCUGUCUGUCCAUCA